CUCUGCAUUUCAAUGGCGGAAUCAAACCAUUGUUCGUCAUCAGAAACCGAGAGUUCCAUCACCAACAAUAACUCAUCAUCAUCAUCAUUGAGGAAACCCAAUAAUCCUUCCGCCGUGGAAGUUGCAGCAACAAGCAUGAUCAUCGACCAGGGUAAAAAAAGACCAAGGCCGAGAGAUUCAAGCACCAAACACCCAAUUUAUAAAGGAGUCCGAAUGAGGAGUUGGGGCAAAUGGGUAUCAGAAAUCCGUCAACCCCGCAAGAAAUCCCGCAUUUGGCUCGGCACUUUCCGGACGGCAGAAAUGGCGGCGCGUGCUCACGAUGUAGCCUCUUUGACCAUCAAAGGUGAUUCCGCUGCACUCAACUUCCCCGACCUCGCCGAGUUGCUUCCUCGACCGGUUUCGUUAUUGCCCCGUGAUAUUCAAGCUGCUGCAGUUAAAGCUGCUUCAAUGGUGAAUCUCAACCGUCCAUCAUCAUCUUCUUCUUCUUCUUCUUUGUCGGAGUCCAGUGAAGAACCAGAGGAACUGAGUGAAAUCGUCGAGUUACCCAACAUAGAAGGGAAUUUCGACUCGUUUUUUGACUCGGGGAACGAGUUUGUACUCAUUGACUCGGUUGAUGUGUGGGUGUAUGAUCCUUCACAAGAUUUCAAUGGCGGAUUUUAUGAUCAGACAUGGGAUGUUACUGAGAAUUUUAAACUCAACUCGGGCAGCUUUGAAACUUUUUCAUCUGAGAAUAAUUUGCCAUAAGUUGAUGGGCUACUUUUUGGUUAAAUUCUCGAAAAGCUCCCUGUACUAUGCAUUUUUGAGGGAUUUAGUUGUUAUUAUUAUGGUUUCUCUAGUUAGACUAAUUUUUAUACCGUUGAACAAAUAGUAUAUAUCUUUUAUAGAGUUGA